AUGGAGCGAGACAUGCUCUCGGAGGGAGCAGGUUCCCCUGUCUUAAUAGCCAUGGCUUGGCUCGAUCCCUUCCCACGUACAGGAUUUCAGGAACGCGGAGCAGUGGGUGGUAUCCGAGCACAGGCACCCAUUAAGCCCAGCCUCGGGGAAGUCUCAUCUAUCGCCAGCGCGCAGCAGCAGGAGAUGCUGGCAAUGAAACAUCAGCAGGAGCUGCUGGAGCACCAGAGGAAGUUGGAGCAGCACCGGCAGGAGCAGGAGCUGGAGAAGCAGCACCGAGAGCAGAAACUUCAGCAGCUAAAAAACAAAGAGAAAGGCAAAGAGAGUGCAGUGGCAAGCACAGAAGUAAAGAUGAAAUUACAAGAAUUUGUCUUAAAUAAGAAGAAGGCAUUGGCACACCGGAAUCUCAACCACUGUAUAUCCAGUGAUCCACGCUUCUGGUAUGGGAAGACACAGCACAGCUCCCUGGACCAGAGCUCCCCACCCCAAAGUGGCGUAUCCGGCACCUACAAUCACCCUGUACUGGGGAUGUACGAUUCCAAAGACGACUUCCCACUCAGAAAAACAGCGUCUGAACCCAAUCUGAAGUUACGAUCCAGGCUAAAGCAAAAAGUUGCUGAAAGACGGAGCAGCCCCCUCCUGCGCAGAAAAGAUGGUCCAGUGGUUACUGCUCUUAAGAAACGCCCGUUGGACGUCACAGACUCUGCAUGCAACAGUGCUCCUGGAUCUGGUCCCAGCUCUCCAAACAACAGCUCCAAUAACAUAAGCGCCGAGAACGGAAUUGCAGGAUCAGUCACGAGUAUUCAAGCAGAGACCAGCCUGGCUCACAGACUUGUGAAUCGUGAAGGCUCAGUAACACAACUUCCACUCUACACGUCUCCUUCUUUGCCCAACAUCACGCUAGGACUGCCUGCAACUGGCCCUUCCAGUGGAGGAUCAGCACAGCAGGAUGCGGAGAGACUCACUAUCCCAACCUUACAGCAGCGGAUCUCUUUAUUUCCUGGCACCCACCUCACGCCCUACUUGAGCACUACAACGUUGGAAAGAGAUGGGGGAACUGCACAUAACCCUCUUCUGCAACACAUGGUCUUACUGGAACAGCCAGCUGCACAAACACCCUUAGUCACAGACUGGUAUCUUUCAGGACUGCCCCUCCAUGCACAGUCUCUGGUUGGCGGAGAACGGGUCUCCCCUUCAAUACACAAGCUCCGGCAGCAUCGCCCGCUGGGGCGCACGCAGUCUGCUCCCCUUCCUCAGAACGCCCAGGCCCUCCAGCAGUUAGUGAUCCAGCAGCAGCACCAGCAGUUCUUGGAGAAACACAAACAGCAAUUCCAGCAACAGCAACUGCACAUCAACAAGAUUAUAUCAAAACCCAACGAACCAGCUCGCCAGCAUGAAAGCCACCCCGAGGAGACAGAAGAAGAGUUACGGGAACACCAAGCCCUUUUGGAGGAGCCAUACAGCGACAGAGUCGCAAGCCAAAAGGAGGCCCCAGGGCUGGCCAACAUGGUGCAAGUGAAGCAAGAACCCAUUGAGAGCGACGAGGAGGAAGCAGAACCGCAGCAGGAGCUGGAGUCUGGGCAGCGGCAGGCUGAGCAGGAGCUGCUCUUCCGUCAGCAAGCCCUUCUGUUGGAGCAGCAACGUAUUCACCAGCUGAGAAACUACCAGGCAUCGCUGGAAGCAGCUGGCAUGCCCGUCUCUUUCGGAGGGCAUCGGCCUCUGUCCCGUGCGCAGUCCUCGCCUGCCUCGGCCACCUUCCCGAUGUCUGUACAGGAGCCACCCACUAAGCCAAGGUUCACGACAGGCCUUGUAUAUGACACCUUGAUGCUGAAACACCAGUGUACCUGUGGAAACACCAACAGCCACCCAGAGCACGCGGGGAGGAUCCAGAGCAUCUGGUCCCGGCUCCAGGAGACGGGUCUCCGUGGCAAGUGUGAGGUAAUAAAAAUAUCAGUGAAGGGGGAGAUGAAGUG